AUGGCCGAACCAAAAACAGAAGCGGAGCCCGUGAGCGAGAGCACCACCGGCAAAGCAAUCGCGAAUUCGUCUGAGAAGAUCCGCUCCUUACGGGCCGCGAUUGACGCCAAGCUCCACGAGCAAGGAAUUUACGAGCAGAUCCGCGACUUGGUGCACUUGAAAACCAAAGCAGAAGACCAGUUGAUCCACGACGUACUGGAGAGUGAAGUCAUACAGCAGCUAUUGGCCACGGUUCGAUCGAUGGAGUUGGCUUCUCGUGCGCGGGAUACUGACAAAUCUACCAAACACCAAGAAGCCGAAGAGCCAAUCAACGCGGAAGACCUGGAGAACGAACGAGACGUGUUCCUCUACCUUCGAUUGUCUGGAGGGAAGGCAUUCGUCGACCAGCUCGUCGAUCUCGAUGGGAACUUUGACAAUGAAGCAGAAGACGCCGGCUUGGAUGAAUGCAGGUGUCCUGUUGGAAGUGUCGUGCCGUUUUUCCGCGUGAAUUUUACAUUCCAACAGCAGCGCCAAAGCUCCGGAGAUGUCCGAUGCUGCGUUGAUCCGCCCUUUGACGAGCACUUCCGCUUCCGCGUGGAGAAAAAGAGAGCUCGAGCAGCUCGGACCAAAGGUGGAUCCACCUACGCUGUCGACGUGACUUCGCCUUGGGAAGCGCUUUGUCUCGUGGAGGAGCUUGUACAGCUUGACGUAGUUAAGGUGACCAAGAGGCUGUUAAGCAGAGAUUCCGACAGUGUUGCUCGGUGGCGGGAGCUCUCAUGCGAAUUACUCGCUGUGCACCGUCUGGAUUGGAGGCGAGUACUGUGUUCAACGCUUCAGCUGGUUCAUUUCCCAGUGCAGCUGGCUGGCAGGAUGAAGGAGCCUGUGGGGACUUUAGCCAUUCGCGCCGACUUGCUGAACUGCAAACGCACAGCUAGUAUUUCUCACGAAGCUAGAGCCUUUCUAAACAAGGAGGCCUUGCAGCGUAAUACGAGCAACCACUCCUUCUACAAGUAUGCCAAGCAGUGGUGGGAGGAAUACCGGAAAUCACCGGGGGGAAAGGAAGACGAAUACUCCCAACUGCUGGCACAGAUCGGAUCUCGCCAAAGACUUGUCAAGAUGUUCGCUGAAGACGAGGAAGGACGCUAUCGCAUGGUGUGCAAAUUUCUUGUGCCCCUGCGUGUGUCCACUGCAGUAAGAAGCCCAAGCGAAGCUGCGCGUUUUGUCGGUCUGCUCCCGUACGAAUCAAAUGCACUGGUUGGAGGGUCCAUGGAUGAAACUUGGCGAUCUAUAGCCACCGUGCUAUCACUCCGGAAGGGCGAUGUUCAAGAUCACGCCAUCCUGUUGACCUCACUGCUUCUGGGCUGCGGUCUGGACGCUUACGUCUGCAUCGGCACGGUUUCAGCUAGUAAAAGUGCAUCUGGAUUUGCACGCGGAUCGCAACGCAGUUAUGAUGACCGAGGGAGCAAUCGCUCUGCGGAAGUUGGCCAUGUGUGGGUGCUCACACGAGGAAGCAGUUCUGCGGACGUUCUUCUGUGGGAGUCUGUGACUGGUGAGAAGUUUGCGGUCAACGACUCUCGCGCUCCAAGACGCCGAGGAUACUGCGCAAUCGACUGCGUGUUCAACCAUCGCCAAUUCUUCGCAAACUUACAGCCGCGUGCAUGGAAACUCUCCGAGUCCUCCUUCGACUUUGACGACGAGAGCUGCUGGAAGCGAAUGGACGAGCAUCUCAUGGCAGAUCUCCCAUUCGGUCAGCCUCCGACAUCCCUAGCAGCUCCAGAUCUUGGAUCGGCCCCCGCACUCGAGCAAGAAUGGUCUGUAGCAUUCAAGCGUGCCAUCUCCUCCCGGCGACGAGCUGAGGGUCUCGUGACGCGAUGGAGCGACGAGUUGAGCUUCUACCUGCUACCAGCGCUCAAUUCGUACGAGCUCGAGCGUCUGUACGGCGUAAGUGAAGUGGACAACAACUUCUUCCAGCAGAGCGUCACCAACUUUGUGCAGGAAGGACACACGUUCCAGGGCGUGCCCUCCAUGUUCACCACGGAGUCUGCAGACGACGCGUUGGCCACCAUGACCUCCAACCCGCUCGUCGUCGACAUCUUGACUCUCCACGCUCGCUCCGCUCAAUUUGCAGUCGCAGUGCGCUGCUUCCCGUACGCUGAGCACACUGUCGCUGUUUGGGUCAUGCUGGCCGUCAGCUACCAGAGCAAAAGCUAG